CGCGCUAAAAGUUUUGGGCUAUAGGUGCAAGAUAGCAGAAGAACCCUACGAAUCGAUUUCGUUUGGUAUAACCGGUUUUGAUUUCUGGCUCGGCCGUUAUCUUCUAAAUCCAAAACUUCAAAAGAAGAUUUGUGGGAGGAAAAGAGCUCUUCGGCGCGGCUUUGGCGGGUGAUUUAAGUGCAGGAGAGUGCAGAUGAGUCGAUUCAAAUCACUUUUCACCCUCAAACGAAAGCGCCCGGACUCAACCUCUCAGGGCUUGACCGAUCAAGAGCAAAUCGUCUACAAGGUGAUCCACGAAAAAGAGAAUAUGGGAAUGUGGUUGCGAGACAUCAAGCGACGCUCGAAUCUCCAAGACGCCAUUGUCAACAAAUCCAUCAUUUCCCUCCAGGCCAAGAACAUGAUCAAGGAAGUGGUCAACGUCAAGAACAAGGGGAAGAAGCACUACAUGGCAGUCGAGUUCGAACCUUCCACGGAACUUACAGGUGGGGCGUGGUACGACGACGAUGGGAACCUCCAUGUGGAGUUCAUCAACAUUGUGAAAAAGUGUUGCUUGCAGAAGAUCAAACAGCUGAAGGUGGCUACACUGGAGACUGUGCUGCAGCUGUUCAAGACCAGCGGGGUGUUCAAGGCCGAUUUGAAGGAGCAUCACUUUGAAGAGAUAUUGGGUGCUCUGGUUCUGGACAACGAGGUGAUGGAAGUGAAGAGCAACGGGAUGGGGGAGUUUGGUGCUAUACCGGAGGGGAAAGUUUGCUACAAGGCUUUUGAUAAGCAAAGAGUUGGAGCUGCUGCAGAGCCUAGGAUCGGGGCGAUGGCGUCCAUGCCUUGUGGGGUAUGUCCAAGGAUACGUAGCUGUACUCCUGAUGGUGUCGUCUCUCCCAGUACUUGUGUCUACUUCCAGAAGUGGCUCGAGUUUUGAAGAUCAACAAAGCUAUGGUUUACAGUGGAAAUGGUAAAUACAACUCCUCUGCCUUCAUGAUUUGGAGCUUUCAAUGGCUUACUUAUGGUGCAAGUAUCGAAUAGGCUAGCAGCAGUUGUCUUCAGCUUUCUGGAGAUAGAAACACGACGUUCUCUGUGCAGGGAUCAAACUUCAAAGUAUGCUACUUUGAAGACCUUUUGUUUUUUCCUCUUUGGUUCUACUAGUUUGGGUUAAUUUUUGGUGCCUACCCAUGAUGAUGAUCUUGCCAACAAUCAUCUAACAAAAUAAGUUGUACUAGUUAUAAGUAGAUUUAUAAGAUGUUUUUCUAAUUGCUUUAGAAAGCAGCUUAAAGACAAAAUCCAAAAAAAUACGUUCAUGUU